AUGCACAGGUCCCGAGCGUCCACGUGCAGAGGACAUGCAAACCCACCGAGGUCUGCUCCGGGCCCCCGCGAGCCGUCCGCUUCAUUUUUCUCCGACGGGCCAGCGAGGUGCCCGCUCAGAGUCGGCAGUGGUGGCUCUGACACCACACAGGGCCUCGGCGUCCACCAGACGAACGCGUGGCUGCCUGCUCUGCCCCGCUUUUGUUUACCCGCCCUCCUCCUUCUGAGCCCCCGCAACGACCCCCGGCCCCCCGAAGCCGGCAGACCCAGGACGACGGCGCGUGCGGGUCUAGGGCCAGGCGGGGCGGGGAGUCUGUGGCUCCCACACUUCAGGGGGCGAGAAAUCAGAGACCCAGGGGCAACAAAGGCGACGCGCACGAACCCGACCCAGGCCGCCCCGCCGCGCCGGGACAGCCUCGCGCGCCCCCGCGCCCGGCGCGCCCCCAGCCCCGCACCCGGCGCUCGUCCGCGGCACCCGCCCCCGGGGCGGUGCCGGGAACACGCGGCGCCUCCGCCGGUCACGUGGGGGGCUGCCCCGCCGGGCGGCGCUGCCGCUUCCCGAUCGCGCCCUCCCAGCGCCGGGGACGCGGCGCUCGCGCUCCCGCCCGAGCCCGGGGGAAGCGGAGACAAGGAGGCGCCGCCGCCCCCCCACCUCCUCCUCCUCCUCGCCGCGGCGCCCGGGCCCCGAGCCCGCACCAUGCCCGCCGCGGAGCCGAGCGCCGCCCUCCUCCCGGAGCUCGCGGAGGCGACGCCGCCGCCGGCCGCGGGGUAG